AUGCUUGUGCUUGUGCUUGUGAUCGUGGUCAUGACCAUGGUCCUUCUUAUGUUCGUUAUCAUGUUUGUGUUCCUGGUCAUGCUUGUGAUCGUGGUCGUGGUCAUGCUUAUGCUUAUGCUUAUGAUCAUGGUCGUGGUCAUGCUUAUGCUUAUGGUCGUGGUCGUGGUCAUGCUUGUGGUCGUGAUCGUGUUCAUGAUCGUGGUCAUGCUUGUGCUUGUGGUCGUGUCCUAUCUUCUUCUCUUUAUGUUGCUUGUGAUCAUGAUCAUCAUGAUCAUGCUUGUGUGCAUGAGGCUUAUGUUCAUUGUCAUGGGCAUGGUUGUGGGUGUGUCCAUUGCCAUUGCCAUGGGCGUGGCCGUGGCCGUGACUGUGUCCGUUUCCAUUGCCAUGGUCGUGGUCAUGGUCAUGGUCAUGGUCAUGAUCAUCUUCAUGUUCAUCACUAUGAUCCUCCUCACACUUUGGAUGAUUAUGUAG